GUAAUAUAUACCUAGCAGUGCGCCACGUGUUAGCAGCCAAGGGCGGUCGAAGAGCCCAUCUACUCCGUCUAACAGGUACGACAAGCAACCCUCCGACCCUCACAAGUUGCAAGUUGUGGUGGGCAUUCUGGGCUUGUGUGUCGAUUUCGCGCCACUUACCCUUACAUCCCGCCCACGACUCCAACAGCUCCAACGGCGCGUACGUAGUACCUCGCGAGCCGUGUCUGACAGCUCAGACAUACGGCUUCCGCCAUACCGUAGUACCUCAGUUUUGUGCUUACCUUUUCUUACCGUCUUGUUGCUGAACAUCAGAUUUCCCGAGGUUGAAUCGUUGCCUGACACCGAAAACAUCGGGUCGUUGGCCGAGCGUUUCGACUAGCUCUUCCCCCUGGUCCCGAGUGCCGGAGCCCCAGCAGAUUAGAGAGGAGUGCCCAGGCGAUAUUGGGGUAACCUACAUACGCUCGGCAGGCUCCCUACACUUGCACGAGCCGGGGAUGGAGACCGUCUCCAGGUGCUUCGGCGGCCCGGCCGAGUCGCGAUCGACCGCCGUCGUCGCCACUACUGUCGUGACUACCGUCGCCCUGCUCUCGCUGGCCCGGCUCGCCCUCUGGCCGAAGAAGCAAGCUGUCAUCCUCGGGCCGCUCAGGACUAGCAUCCCUAGGCUCUCCAAGGCCGAGAUCGACGAGGUCCCGUACCCACCGGGCGCCUUCCCGGGUGCCAGAGACGUGUCUACGCCUUACGGCGAUAUUCGCGUCUACGAAUUCGGGCCCGAAGAUGGUCGUAAAGUCCUGUUUAUCCACGGGAUCAGCACUUCGUGCAUGACUCUGAAGGACAUUGCCAUGCCACUUUUCGAGAAGGGUUGCCGAAUCAUGCUUUUCGACCUGUUCGGUCGGGGCUUCAGCGAUGCCCCGGGGGAUUUGCCCUACGACACCCGGUUGUUCGUCUCCCAGAUCCUGCUCGUCCUCGCAUCCUCGCCGCUAGCGUGGACCGGCGACAAUGCCAUCAGUAUCGUCGGCUACUCGCUCGGCGGCGGCAUAGCCGCCAACUUCGCAGCUACUUUCCCCCACAUGGUUGAGUCUCUAGUCCUGCUCGCCCCGUCCGGGAUUAUCCGCCCGGAGAACUUCGGCCGCGCGAGCCGGCUCAUCUUCGCGUCGGGCAUCAUACCCGAGCGCAUCCUCGCCUGGCUCACUAAGCGCCGCCUACGGCAGCCUCUCGCCACGGCCGUGUCGAAGAAGCCCAGGGCUCCCGCCGACAACGCGCCCCAGAGCGGAACAGGCAAGGAGGACUACGCCGACGUCGCUAUCCAGGAGGCCGUCGACCCGGCCGACGAGAAGCCCCCGACGCCCUUUGAGCAGCGGGUGCUCGGCUAUGUGCACUGGGCGCUCGACUUUCACGACGGCUUCGUUCCGGCCUUCAUGUCGACGAUCCGGUACGCGCCGCUCCUCGAACAGCACCACUACUGGCGCCAGCUAGCCAGGCGGAAGCCGGGCACGACGGCCGUGCUGCUGGGUCGGGACGAUACCCUGAUACAGCUGGACGACUACGUCGAGGACGCGCUUCCGCUCCUCGGCGGCAAGGACAACGUGUACUGGCAGGUCGUCCCGGGCUCACACAACUUUCCCUUCACGCACGGGCCCGACGCGCUGAAGCACAUAUACAAGUUAUGGGGCAUAGAGCAAUAGCAGGCGGACAUGACGAGCAUGUCUAUCGCCAUCCAACUGGUUACAGAACAGGUAGGCAUCCAAUUCUUGCUAGCACGGUCGGUUCCACAACCGUCUUGCUUGCUUCUGGACGGCCAUAGUAAUAGACCAUUGUGAAGAAGCAGCAUCGCCAUCAUCCAUUACAAAUUAUAGCCAUACGUAGGUAGA